AGGCAUUUGGCAGACGCUCUUAUCCAGAACGACAGUAUCUCAUAACAGUAUCACUGUCGAGAUCACCUGUGAGAACGGCAUGAAGAUGAAGCCUUCCAUCAUCCUCUGCUUUCUGCUGGUCCACGCAGCUUCCAUACCAUCUGGCCAUUCCCACGAUGAGGGAUUCUCCGAGACGGAGGAUGGUCUGGCUCUCCAAACUCUGGUGAAGAAUGGGCAGAAAAUCCCUGGCGUCUGUUACCUCUGCAAGCUAAUCAUGAGGAAAGUCAAGGCCUCUGUCACCAACGGAUCCAAGGCAGCGAUUGAGAGCGCGCUUCACAAUGUGUGCAACACGAUGAAUUUCUUUGUAAGAAGCAUCUGCAAGGGAGUGGUCAGCAAAUACUUCAUGCAACUAGUGGACGAGCUCAUGACUCCCGAUGGGCCCCGUCAAGCCUGUAAAAAAAUUCAUCUCUGCUGGUGGAGCCCACUGCAAGGGCGAGUGUGAGCAGGCAGGAAGAGGAAAAGUGCAGAACUCUCUCUCUCUCUCUCUCUCUCUCUCUCUCUCUCUCUCUCUGUCUCCCACACAGAGCAUUUUCUCAUUCGGUUCUUCUCAUAAUUAAAGGCUUAAGCAGACCCUGGCAUCACUUGCUUAAGAUAAAAGGCGCUACUUCCAGAAACUAUUCUACUGUCGCUCAAUAAAGCAUGAUUACAAAAAAA